UUGCGACUUUUCAUCUCACAAUUCUGACUUUUUCUGAGAAUUGCGAGAUAUAAACUCUCAAUUACGUGUUAUAAAGUCAGAAUUGCGAGAUAUAAAUUGGCAAUUCUGAGAAAAAAAAGUCAGUCUUUUUCCCCUCAGAAUUGGACUUUAUAACUCAAAAUUGCAAGUUUAUUGUGAGAUAAAAAGUCGCAAUUUUAAAUUGUUUUAUUCCCUGGUGGAAACAAGGUAAAAAAAAAAAAAAAAAAAAUGUACUUUUAUCAAUGCUAUUAUCUACUUUGGCCUGUGAUAUUGUCUUUAAUUUGAACUAAGCUGUGUAACAUGCACUUUUCUUUUUCUCUCUCUAUAAAAUCAGUAGUUACAGAACUCAGUCAAAAGAUAUUCAAAUCAGUAUAUCUGUCUUGAUUUAACUUGAUUUAGUAUAACUACUUAACUGUAGACUGCUUGGAUUUCGAUGGCUUUGUUUGCUCAAACUCUCUAAAGACUGACUCUACAUUUUCCAAAAGCCCACUGUUUCAGAUGUGUCAUCCUAUCUAGUAUUCAAAUGGCUGCUGAAUGCAUACGUAUUAUCUGUCGGGCAGGCUCUCUGGUCAUUGACAUUGUAGGAGAGAGCUUCCUUAUCUGACUCAAACCUGAGCACCACGGGCGUGCUGUGAAACAGUGGUUUCCUGCGUGUGGUAUUGUCUGUUCUUUCUUUUAUUUUUCCUAAUUCCGUCUUUGUUUCUUUCUGCGAGCUUGUAUCGUUCUUACUGCUGUAAACUGCCUUCAGAAUGACACCGUUACAAUUCAAAGAUUCUUUUUGGGGCCCAGAAUUCACCAGCAACACUGGAUAUGAGACUCUUAUCCAGAGGCUAUGUGAUGGACGACGAGCAUGCAAAGAUAUGGAAGAGCUCUUAAAAAUGAGGGCGAUGGCAGAGGAAAGAUACGGCAAGGAAUUGAUUACAAUUGCACGCAAGACAGGAGGGCAAAGUGAAAUUGGCACUUUGAAGGCAUCAUUUGACCAACUAAAAGUCCAAAUGGAGAACAUUGGAAAUUUGCACAUUCAGCUUUCUGGUAUGUUACGAGAAGAGGUGAAACGAAUGGAGCAGUUCAGAGAGCGACAGAAGGAGCAGCGGAAAAAGUUUGAAGGGGUCAUGGAAAAGGUUCAGAAGAUCAAAGUAUCAUUAUAUAAGAAAACCAUGGAGUCUAAAAGGACGUAUGAACAGAAGUGUAAAGAGGCGGAUGAAGCUGAACUGGCUAUCGAGAAGCUCAACAGUACACCCAAUGUCACCCCUAAACAAUCUGAAAAGACGCAAAACAAAGCAAAGCAGUGCAGGGAUGGAGCCAUGGAUGCAGAGAAACAGUACAUGUCAAACAUAGAGCAGCUGGAUAAGAUUCGACAGGAAUGGGAAACCACACAUGAAUGCACAUGUGAGGUUUUCCAGCAGCAAGAAGAUGAUCGUAUUAAUAUUUUGAGAAAUGCUAUUUGGGUCCACUGUAAUCACUUUUCCAUGCAAUGUGUCAAAGAUGAUGAGUGCUAUGAGGAGGUGAGGGCAGUUCUAGAAAUGUGUGACAUCACGGAAGACAUAAACUGUUUCAUCAAGACAAAAAGCACCGGCACCACUCCUUCAGCGCCCAUUGUGUUUGAGAACUAUUAUGACAAAGAACCAACAAUGGACAGCAAUGGCAUCGCACGCUUCGGAGGAGGUGUGAUGAAGAGGUUUUCAAAUCUCUUGCAAGGCAACUGUGCCGUUGGCUCAAAGACUAGUAAUGAAUGUAUUCAACCAUCAGCACCUCCAUCAGCUGACAACUCAGAUGGAGUGUAUGCUUCUAUUCCUGGAUUUCCACAAGGAACUUCAAAUAGUGCUGGCUCUCAGAGCGGCACGUACCAGGCUCAGUACGACUACGUGGCUCAGGGCACUGAUGAGCUCUCCAUCUCUGCGGGGGAAGUGCUGCUCGUGGUGGAACAGGGAGGAGACGGCUGGUGGACGGUGGAGAGGGACGGCCAGACUGGGCUGGUGCCAGGCUCCUACUUGACCAAGAUAUGAAUUAAGAGACUAGAGCACAUUGGACCAUCUCUGCGUGUCCUUAAACGCCCUCUAAUAGCAGAGUUAUUAAGGCCACUCCUUAUGAAGUGUCUCAGAGGAGGAUUUCUGUUUGCUAAAUGCAUUUAUGCAGUAGCACGUCCAUAUGGAACAUCUCUAUGGGUUAUAGUAAAUGAAUCAAAAUGGGUUAAUUUGUAUAUUAAAAACUGGUAAUUUUACAUAACUAUCAUUAAUGUUGAGAUAGAGAUUUAUAUAUUUAUUAGAAAGUUUUUAGAAAAUUAUUUAUUGUGAAUAAAAAGCAUAAGAAUGUAUAAGAGAUGGAGACUAGGCACUACGGACUUGCCAUGAUUUAGUUUAUGAGAAGACAGUGACAGUGUACAUAUAGAUAGAUAUCGUCACAGAAUUCAAUUUUUUUUUAAAGUUAAAGGGUUAGUUCACCCAAAAAUGAAAAUUCUGUCAUUAAUUACUCACUCUCGUGUCGUUCCAAACCCAUAAGACCUUUGUAACACAAAUUAAGAUGCUUUUUGAUAAAAUCUGAUGGCUCAGUGAGGCCUCCAUUGCCAGCAAGAUAAUUAGCACCUUCAGAUGCCCAGAAAGCUAAUAAAGACAUUUAAAACAGUUCAUGCAACUACAGUGGUUCAACCUGAAUGUUAUGAAGUGAUGAGAAUACUUUUUGUGCUGCAAAAAAACAAAAUAAUGACUUUAUUCAACAAUACCUAGUGAUGGACGAUUUCAAAACACUGCUUCAUGAAGCUUUGAAGCUUUCAAAUCAGUGGUUCGGAGUGUGUAUCAAACUGCCAAAGUCACGUGAUCUCAGUAAACGAGGCUUUGUUACGUCAUAAGUGUUUCGAAAUUUCAGUGGUUCACCACUGGGGGGGGGGAGAACCACUGAUUCAAAACAAAAGAUUCGUAAAGCUUCAUGAAGCAGUGUUUGAAAUCGCCCAUCACUAGAUAUUGUUGAAUAAAGUCAUUAUUUUGUUUUUUUUUGUGCACAAAUAAGUAUUCUUGUCGCUUCAUAACAUUACGGUUGAACCACUGUAGUCACAUGAACUGUUUUAAAUAUGUCUUUAGUAGCUUUCUGGGCAUCUGAAAGUGUUAAUUAUCUUGCUGGCAAUGGAGGCCUCACUGACCCAUCUGAUUUUAUCAAAAAUAUCUUAAUUUGUGCUCCGAAGAUGAACGAAGGUCUUACGGGUGUGGAAUGACAUGAGGGUAAUUAAUGCCAGAAUUUUCAUUUUUGGGUGAACUAAUCCUUAAAUCAGUGGUACAAAAGUGAGGUCAUAUACAGUUUUAACUAUUAUACACAUUUAGGAAAAAAAAUGUUCAAUGGGGUUCAAUAUAGAACCCUAGGGUUUUUGACUCCGUUUUAAAAGAACCCUUUAGUUUUGCCGUUUUUUUUUUUUUUUUUUACUUUAUUUAGACAGUACAGCUAGUGAGAAGAUGGGAAACAAAGUGGGAGAGAAAGAAGGGGUUGGGAUCGGGAAAGGACCAUGAGCUGGAACUCAAACUCGGGUCACUCGAAGCUCCAUAAAAUGAUCCAAUGAUGAAUCACUCCUAAAGGUUCUAUAUGAUGCACAUGACAGAACCCUUGAAGGUUCUAUAUGGAACUUUUAUUCUAAGAGUGUCUCAUCCAUAAUAGAGCUCCAACUUCAUCAUUUUGCAUUUAUCAGCUGGAUGGCAUAAAAUGAACAAUAAAGCUGUGUAAUGAUCA